AUGCGCAUGCGUGAAUUUGAUUACACCGGAAGUAUCUCGAUGAUGGCUGACGUGGAUUUUCAUUCAAACCAGGUGGGUAAGGGUUUGGAAGAACCAUUGCUUAUACCAGACCCUAAGGCCUCUGGGGAUCAUCAUAGCCAACAUGCAAAGGGUGAGAUGAAUAUGAAUGAUGUUCCUUUGGAAGGAGACAUUACACUUCCUAAAUUAUUUGAGGAAGACCAAGAAGAUGAGCUGUCUACCUUAGACGAGCCUGUCAAAGACACAAUUUUACGAGACCUCAAGGCUGUGGGUGUCAAAUUCUUUCAUGUACUCUAUCCAAAGCAGAGUAAAAUGCUACUGCGUGAAUGGGACUUGUGGGGACCCUUGAUUCUCUGUGUAUUCCUGGCUUUAAUGCUGCAGAGUUCACCAGAAGAUCUUGACAAGAAGCAAGUUGGUGGUCCAGAAUUUUCUGAAGUCUUUGUCAUAUUUUGGGCAGGAUCUGUUAUAGUGACUUUAAAUUCCAAAUUACUCGGUGGGAAUAUUUCCUUCUUCCAAAGUGUGUGUGUCCUUGGCUACUGUGUUUCUCCAUUGGCUCUUAGUCUUCUCAUCUGCCGUCUUAUCCUCACCUUUUCAAAUCCAAACACUGUGCUCUUUGUGAUCCGUUUCCUUGUUGUCUGCCUUGCAUUUGGUUGGUCAACAUUUGCUUCAACAGCAUUCCUGGCCAAUAGUCAGCCAUACAACAAGAAAUACUUAGCCAUGUACCCCAUCUUUCUUUUCUAUUUUGUUAUUAGCUGGCUAAUCAUUUCUCACACACACUGA